AUGGCUCGAGAGGACAGCAGCGGUCACCCCGAUCUGGACCCGGGCAAAUAUGAUGCAGCAGAAGCGGUGAAGAUCAUCUGCCUCGGAGAUAGCGCAGUGGGCAAGUCCAAGCUCAUGGAACGAUUUCUUCUGGACGAGUAUCGGCCUCAGCAGCUGUCCACUUACGCCCUGACGCUGUACAAGCACAAAGCCACUGUGGGGAGUAAGACUGUGGUUGUAGAUUUCUGGGACACGGCGGGACAGGAGCGCUUCCAGAGCAUGCACCCGUCCUACUACCACAAAGCCCACGCCUGCAUCAUGGUUUUCGACGUCCAAAGAAAGAUCACGUACAAAAACCUCAGCACGUGGUACAAGGAGCUGCGCGAGUACAGACCAGAGAUCCCCUGCUGCGUGGUGGCCAAUAAGAUCGAUGCCGACAUGAAGGCGACUCAGCGAACAUUUAACUUUGGAAAGAAACACGACCUCCCUUCUUACUACGUGUCGGCCGCGGACGGGACCAACGUGGUCAAGAUGUUUCGCGACACGAUGCGCCGCGCAGUGGAAUACAAGCGAAACCCCACAGACUUCAUGGAUGAAGUGCUGCAAGAGCUGGAGAACUUUGACUUGGAUAAAACGGAGAACGACUCUGAAGCCGACGAUUAG